AUGUUGGACUUUUCCGACGACAACUUAUGGCGAUUUACCGUACUGGAGGUGCUCAAGGAGCAUCUAGCCUUGUACGCCACGAAAAUCGAGUCUCCUUCGACCACCAUAGAUCGAGAGAACUCGACCCGAAUGAAGAAUGAUCUUGCCUAUGUGGCCCAGUUUGUGGAUACUGCCACGGUCAUCAACUCAGGCAUGGAGCAUUUUGACCCUCCUUUUGCCCCUGUGGCCAAAUACUUGCAGGAUUUGCUUCUUCCUCCUAGCAUUGCCUUACGCUAUGCUGAGCUGGUUAACGAGAGAGUCGAUGCGGAACCUUACGAAAAGGACAAGGAACAAGAGCUCCGUAGAGUUCUACAUAUCGCCGCUUCCACAGCUGCUAGCAUUGUGCUGGGCGAGGAUCUGGAAGAUGGCAAGUUUGCGGCUGUUUCUGAUGUCAUGGCUGACCACCUCGCCAGCCUAAUAGACUGGGCGUUCAAGGCCAAUUCGCCCAUUGGUGACGAGCAGGUUAAGAUCCAGGCUGUGGGAAGCGAACUCAAGCGCAAUUCUGUUGGCUGCUCUUAUAACAGCUGGAUGUCUACAUUCCAGAAGGUGCUCAAAUCGCAUCUUGAAGCUGCUGGAAGCACCCAGGACAAACAACGUGCCCAGAAAGAAUACAUCCUUCAGCUUCGUGAGCUUGGCAAUAACCUUAUGACCAACCUUUCAUACCCACAGGCCAUCAAGGUUUACACCACAGCUAUUGACUCGUGCUCUAUUUUCACUGCCAACAACCUCGCUCAGCUUUUCACUAACCGAGCUAUUGCAUUUAUCGGCCUCAACUGUUACCCAGAGGCGAUUCAGGAUCUCAAGCUGGCUGUUCUGAGAGACAGAACUUUUGUGCCUGCUUACGCCCAGCUAGGCUAUUGUGAGUUAUACAUGGGCCGUACCCUUCAUGCUUUGCGUGGCUACAAAAAUGCCCUUGAUGCAUUGGCGGGUAAUAUCGACCCUCCAAACACUACACUUGACUUCCAGCAGAAGCAGGAAUACAAGGAUGCCCUGGCAAAGUCUGCAUUCCCACAGUUUGUCCAUAAACUUGUACAAGCCAUCAUCUUGACCGAGAAAAGAGCCAAACAGCAAAGAGUACCUAUCAAUGAUCUUAAGUUCUACAUGACUGAGAUAAAGAAAACUUUGGUGGAGUUGCAACGGGUUGCAAGUCCUGAGGAGCAGCACUUGUUUGAGUUCAGCUACGACGAGAACUUCGACCAGGUGAGAGCCACCGCUGUCAGAGCCAACCAGCACCGUCCAUCAAUUUUCACUCCUGAGGUCGCCCUGGAUGUAUUGGCAGGAAGUCUGAUGGAGGCAUCUACCGUAACCAUUCCUUUCCCUGGUAUGACUGGCAUGCCCAACCUUGGUACUCAGCGUCGUGAGACUGAAAACAAUCAGACUACGCAGACACCGGCAGCCAACGACGAAGGACCAAGAAACACCGAAGAAACCGGCAACACUGAAAACCCACAACCAUCUAUUCGGGGGUUGAUGAACCAGCUAGGUGACAUUUUUGGUGACAUGAUGCAAGCACAGACGUCCAACUACUUCCCUAAUGACGCACCAAGAAAUGCAGAUGGACAAAAUGCACCUAACUUUGAGGUUCACGUGGAGACAGUGGGAGGUCCUAUCCUUAGCGCAACACAAGCUGGUAGGAACACCGGUACUGGAGCGACUAAUGGAAGCGCAGAAGCAGCAAGACCGGAUGAGUCAACCACAGGCGCUACCCCCCAUGCCACCGAAUCUACAAAUAAUGGAAACACAGGUACCGACGGCAAUACCACAACUACUGGCAAUGACAACACCAAUAACAGCACCAACAAUGGCGAUAAUAGAAGAGAGGGAAGUCCAAUGUGGGACUUGACCGAGUCGCUCAACCACAUGCUUGCGGGAGACUACCAACCGGUGUUCAACAACCUCAUGCGUCAUUUUGAAACUCUGAGAGGAGGCAAUACUACUCAAGGUAGUCAGCCUGAUAUGUUGAGAGAAAUGAUUCGCAGAGUCCGUGAGACACAAGCCCAAAGUCUGUCAGCUCAAAACAGUCAGGGAAGACCUAACUCCAACCAGUCUCAGCAAAGCGACCAAACCAUGCCUGAUGCAGCUGAUAUUGAUUAG